AUCAUUGAUAAUGAGAGCAUGCUUUAUGUUGAUAUGAUAUCUUCAAUAAGCAUAUCUUAAUUGAAACUGUGACUUUUGAGAAUGGAGCUGCUUAAUGUUCAUAUCAUUUUCAAUGUACAUACAAGUGGCACCUAUUUACAUUUCUUUUAUUUUUUAAGUGAAAUCAAAUUGGAGGAGGCUGCUGUUCUACACUACACGUAUGCCAAAUUUUCAGACCUAACAUCUAGACGUGAUCGGUGUGGGUGCAAGCCUACCAAGGAAGAUGUAAAAAGAUGCUUCAUGUUGGAAUUAGAUAGAGCUGCAUUUAUAAUUGCUUCAACUGCAACAGAGGAAGAGAUGCUUAACUGGUAUCAUGAACAUGUUGUGUGGGGUGAUAAAGACCUAAGGCUUAAACUCCUGAGAAAGGGUAUUUUAACUCGCAUAUAUGCUCCAACGGCCAUAAUACAAGGUUUAAGAGAGUCCGGUGUAUUGAGCUCCGUUAUUGCAAAUGCCCCUAGUACUAUUUCGAAGGACAAGUUUUUAGCGUCCAUUGACAGUUGUAACUCAUACAGUUGUAACUCAUCUAGAGUUGUUUCCCCAGCCUCUCACGCUUCAAGAAAGAUUGGGAGAAACAGACAGCAUCAACCAUCUGUUAGGAAGGUGCUGGAAAUUGAAGCUAGGGCAGCUCAUGAGGAAGCAGCUGUUCCGCCAUUGUCGCCCCCUGCAUGGACAAUGACGACAUUGGAGCAAUGAUGGCAUGGUUAAUCUGUGUGCUUCUUUAUGAUCUCCUAUUCGGACUGUUUUUCAUUUCUUUGGCUUCGAACACAUGGAGCCACAAAACAAGCGAAAGAGCCGGUAUGCACUAUCUUGUUGUGUAUAGUUGUACAGAUUUCUGCUUUGCCAUUGAUUGUUUGAAGCAAGAAUUGGCC